AUGUAUCUUUUCCCGCGUAAAUAUUACCUUUGUCUUACAUAUAUAUCUAUCUAUCUAUCUAUCUAUCUAUCUAUCUAUCUAUCUAUCUAUCUAUCUAUCAUAGAUAUGAACGAUCUAUCAACUAUCUAUCUUAGAUAUGAACGAUCUAUCUCAGGCUUUUCCUAUGUAUCUAUAUACCAUAUGUCUGUUCAUAUCUAUCUAUCUAUCUAUCUAUCUAUCUAUCUAUCUAUCUAUCUAUCUAUAUUAGUCAUAUGUAUUUCUUUCUGUCUCUUCCAUUUCAAACAGAACUCUGUUCUUCCUGUUUUCUUUCUUUUAUUUAUUUCUUUAUUAAUAUAUCCCUUUAUUCUCUUUCAUUCAUUGUCUCCCUUAUUUCAUUUAUUAGUUCUUCAAUUCAUUGCUUCUUUCGUAAAUUUGUGGUGCUUCUUUCAUUUAUUUUUUCUUUCUUGUGUUUUUAGCUUCUUUCUUUCAUUCAUUCAUUUAUUCAUCCAUAGUUUUGUUUAUUUAUUCACUGAUUUGUUUCUGGUUUUCUUUCAUUGCCCCUUUCUUUCGCUUGUUGCUUUUUCAUUAAUUCAUCGUUUCCUUAUUUCAUUCAUUUAUUGCUUCUUUUUGUUCUCUCUCUUUUCUUCUCGUUUUCUCACUCUCUCUCUCUCCAUUUAUCGUUGUCUAUUUAACUUUAACAGAUCAGUCUUUCUUCUUUUCCUUUGGAUGUUACUUUACUUUCUUUCUAACAUUUUCUUAAUCUCUCUUUCUAUCUACUUCUCUCAAAAAUCUUUCUCCAAGUUUAUUUUCUUCUCCACUUGUUUUCUUUAUUCAUUCUAUUUUCUCUUUCCCCCAGAACAACGUUUUACGCGAGACUUCCUUCGGUUGUUUGAUGGUCUACAGAAAGAUUGCCGUCGCAACACGCAGGUGGUGGAGUCUUUCGGCGACCGAACUUGUCCUUCUUUCAAUGUUGGCCACCUCAGCCACAGCUUCGUCGUCUUCGUCCUUUUCUUCCUCACCCAAGUGCAUAUCGCAGGACAUCCCCAUCUUUUUACCCGACGAGAGCCCAACGAUAUGUACGAAGUUUGCAUUGAAACUCUACUUACACCUUCUUCCCUGUUAAUCUGUUCUUCUCUCUUCCUCUCUCUAUCAGUUUGUUUGCAUCCUUAUCUCUCUCUCUCAGGCUUUUUUUUUUUGUAUUUCUCCUUGUCUAUCGCUCCGUUUUCUCUCUCUAUGCUUCUCCUUUUCUCAAUUUGUUCGUAUCUGCUCACUCUUUUUAUCAUACUUUUGUCAAUCUGUUUGUCCUCUCUUUCUCUCGGAGUCUAUUCGUAUCUCUCCUCCGCGUCCGCUCUAUCCCUCUCUCAGUCUCUACAUAUUUACCACUCUUUCUUUCACUCUAAUAAUUCUCUCGUCUGUCCGCAUUUAUUUCCCUCCCACUCUUUGUCUCACGCUAUCAACUGUUUCUUGAUUUAUCUGCCUAUAAAUAAUAUCUAUCUUUCUAUCUAUCUUUCAAAAUUUGCUUUUAUUGAAGCCGAUUUUCACUCUCGACAUGUGACUGUUAUAGAAAUGACGAAUGACUCUCUCUCUCUCUCUCUUUCGUUUCUCCCGAGGGUUCCCGCUUUCGUCCCAUGCCUCCUUUCGAUCGUCGCUUGUCGGAAGAUGACCAACUCUCGAUUGGUCCGUGUCCUCGGUUGA